GCAUAACGCACGCCGAGACCUGCCAUUUGUCCGGCCCAAGUUGCGACAUUGCUCAAACCCUUGGGACUCACCAUAUCCACUAUUUUGCAAGGCACAAUCCCAUCGGCCUCAGCUGGCUGGGAAGAAAAAAUGGGGAGCAGAUUGGGAAGAAGAGUUAUACACUUCGCUAAUCUACCAAUUAAACUUCUUAUGCCCUCGUCCUUCUCCAAUAUUACUGAAAUUUCUCUCAAAACCAUUCCCUCCGCUACCAAGAUUGAGAUCAAGAGGGUUUUGGAGUCCCUCUACGGAUUCGAAGUCGAGAAGGUGCAAACCCUAAAUAUGGAUGGGAAGAAAAAGAAGCGAGGUGGGUUAUUGAUCGCCAAGCCGGACUACAAAAAGGCAUAUGUUACCCUGAAGAAUCCCUUGUCCAUGUCAUCAGAUCUAUACCCAAUCGGACUGAUUGAGCAGUACAAGAAGGAAGCCAAAAAUAAGUCAAAAUCCAGCAUCAUCGAGGAAGGUGAACCAAAGAAGAUGCAUUGGCUUGAAGAGAAGAAAGAAAGGGGGAAAUCGAGACCCGAUACAAGGUUUUGCGGCGGAGAUCGGUCCAGGAAUGUUCGUCGGGGUGGUUCUGAGGCGUCUGAAGCUGUAAAGUUCCCCUGGAGUAGCAUGAGGUCUUUUGCUGGCAGGUAGGAUUUUAAACUUGAAACUUUAAAAAGUGAACUUAUUUUGCAUUUGAACAACUGUUUGCAAUGCUAAUGAGUAAUGAAUAGGGUUGAUACUAAUAUUUGAUGAAUAGUUUUCAGUUGCCUGUAUCACUCUUUGUUUUUGCUUUUUUAUUUUGUUUUCUUUAGCCUAUAUCUGUAGUUUGAAAUCUCCAAUGGCAUGUGAAAUUAAUGUAAAAACAGGUUUGGUGUCGCUGGAAUUUGAGUUAUUCCUUUCCUCAAUCUGAUCCAUGUUAUAUCUCAAUCAUUCCC